UUUAUGGUAGGGGCAACUAUGAAUCUCGAAUGAAAAAAUAUGAGACUCGUUAUACUACUAAAUAAAAAAUCCAACUACAUGCCCAUAGACUGGCAGCAUGACAAAAUCCAACUACAGAUCCAACUGCAUGCACAUAGACUGACAGCGCAAAACUCCUUUACCGCGAUUUAUUACCGCCCCAAAUGCCUUUUCCUCCAAAAUUGUAGCCUAAAUCAUAAUUGAAAGAUCUAAGCCUCCCGUUCUUCCUUUGCCAGCAGAACCAACCCUGCUUUCAAACUGAAUCAGACUGCCCAAACGUUUUUUUUUUUUUUGUGCGUGAGUUUCCCUCCUCCUCCUCGUCUCAAUUGUGGUUGUUCUAAAACCUGAAGAACUCGUACAAGCCUCCUCUUCUCUCUAUCUAGCAAACUAACAACAACGAAUCGAGAGGUUUUUCUCUCUUUCUCCCUCUUCUCGGAUUCGUGUCCUCUGAAAGUGAAUUCUUUGCUACUGGACCCAUUAAAACCCUAGGUUCCUCUCCCAUUAUCCACAGCCUAGUAAAUAGAGCCGAGUGGUUUGUUGGUGCGGUUUGAGUUCUUGCUGGAACUUAUACAAAGAUGGUGGAGCUGGCAGUUGAUAAACAUGUUAAAUACAUCAUAUCAGUUGAACAGAAAAAGGAUAGCUUUGAAUCUGUGGUGAUGGAGCACUUACGAAUGAAUGGAGCUUACUGGGGAUUGACCACUCUAGAUCUUUUAGGAAAGCUUGAUGCAGUGGAUUCAAAUGAAGUAAUUGAAUGGAUCAUGCAAUGCCAACAUGAGUCUGGUGGGUUUGCUGGUAAUAUUGGACAUGACCCACAUAUUCUGUAUACACUGAGUGCCGUGCAAGUUCUGGCCCUUCUUGACAAGCUAAAUGUUCUCGAUGUUGAUAAAGUUUCAAAUUAUGUUGCUGGGUUGCAAAAUGAAGAUGGAUCCUUUUCUGGAGACAUGUGGGGUGAAGUUGAUACAAGGUUCUCAUAUAUUGCUCUAUGUUGUCUCUCUUUAUUGCAUUGUCUUGAUAAAAUAAAUGUGGAGAAGGCUGUGAACUACAUCUUGAGCUGCAAAAAUGUAGAUGGUGGAUUUGGAUGCACCCCUGGUGGGGAGUCUCAUGCUGGACAGAUUUUCUGCUGUGUGGGUGCCCUUGCUAUUACUGGGUCUCUGCAUCACGUUGACAAGGACCUGCUUGGAUGGUGGUUAUGUGAACGGCAAGUCAAGUCUGGAGGUCUAAAUGGUCGCCCUGAGAAACUUCCUGAUGUUUGCUACUCUUGGUGGGUUCUUUCAAGCUUGAUUAUGAUUGACAGAGUUCAUUGGAUUAACAAGGAAAAACUUGUUAAAUUUAUCUUAAACUGUCAGGACACUGAGAAUGGAGGAAUUUCAGAUAGACCUGAUGAUGCUGUUGAUGUUUUCCAUACAUAUUUUGGAGUAGCUGGUCUCUCACUUCUCGAGUAUCCUGGAAUAAAAGCCAUAGAUCCAGCCUAUGCUUUGCCAGUAGAUGUUGUAAAUAAGAUUUUUUUUGGUAGAUGACCGUCUUCAACAUUGACAUGGUGAAACUACUUUAUUUUAUUACUACUUUUUUUUUGAAGUUUGUCUAGUGAUUCUUCAUGGCUCUCUUCUUUUGGGUGCUUUCACAAACUAUAGCUACGUUGUUACUUGUAUUAAUUAUAAACUAGGAGGUACCCUUUGAAGUAUCUCAUGAGCAGCAAAGUAGCACUUAGUGUGUAAAACUUAAAAUGUAUAUCUUUUAUUUAUUAUCUCUUAUGUAUCUGAAAAUACAAAAUACUUUAUCUGUUUGCUAAUAAAAGUUUUUUUUUGAUA